AUGAAAGCUUUUAGCAUUUUCGCCGGCUUUGCUGUCGCAACAAUGGCCGCCUCCACCCCAGUUCAAGUCAUCAUAAGCCAGGCAGACGACCCCGCCGCCUCUAGCCUUCGAAUCGCGCCCGUCCACGAGCCUGUCAGCCACGCCGUCCCUGCCGCCGCCGCUCCCGCCAUCCGAGACCCAGCAAACGACAGUCCCAUCGUCCGGGCGUGUCUUGAGAAUACGCUCUCUGGGCCCACAACUCUGUGCAAGAGGAAAAUACUUGCAAAUGACUCGUCCCCACGCAUUACGGAAAGCCGCCUGGGCCUGUUCUUGGCUGUAUUUGCGUUGAGUUUUGUGUCUCUCUGGCUCAGCUUCUUAUGGAUUGAAGCUGCAAUCUCCUGGUUCAUUUGGCACUGUGCCCAUCAGUUUUAUAACAACUUGCGUGCGAGGGCCUUGUAUGAGAUGGAGCUGGCUCGGCAGGAAGAGGAUGCUAUUCUAAUGGAAGAAGGCGUGGCACUUGACGACGAAAGCACGGACAAGCCAUCCAACUGA